AUGGACGAAGACACCGUAUCUCCCGUCGAAUCAACAUACCUGUUGCCUGAACAGGACACGGAAUGCCUACAAGAUGAGCUGUUCUCAGCUCUCAUACCAACACAUCAGGAGAGGCGAGGUUUCUUUGCCAAAGACCAGAUCUCCAAAAUCCUGACAGAAGACCGGGUUCGAGAUGAGCUUACAAGACAUUUCGAGGAUUCACUCAGUGAAGCUACCAUUGUGAAACACGCGAAGACCAUAUGCUACGGGGCUAUCACACAAAAUGAAGGCUCAGGUUGUGACGAGCAACCGACGACCAAAUCAUUCAUAAAAGUCUUGGCAAUUCUUAUCAUCAUAGAGAAGACAAAAUCCAUUAUCAAGCUCUUAGAGGAUGAUGUGAACGACUCGGACUUGCCGUUGAUCAAGAUCCCGCGGCCAAACGACGAGAAGUUAUUCGACCUGAAGUCCAGCAGAAAACCAAACGUGGUUUUGAAGUGCUUCCAGAAGCGAUGGAACCAACUCAAUAUCAGAAAUUUCGAAGAGUGGCAGUGGACGACUUUACCUGUUGAUUUCGGCCAGCCCGCAGAGCACGGGGAGGUCAAGCAUCUUCAGCUUGAAGAGCAAAAAGUAUUGCCGUUCACCGAGGAUAGUCGGGAGCAAAAAUCACAGUUCUCUCGAAGAACAGAGCUCGAGGGUGGCUUUGCCAGCGUCUUCAAAGUCGCCAUCCACCCUCAGCACCACAACUUCCAUACGUCACCGGACAAGCCUGACCCUACUUCUUUUGCAGUCAAAAGGCUUCACUCUCAGAACGAGGAAGCGUUCAAAAGGGAGGUCGAGAUGCUCAACAAGUUCAGUGGAAACAAGCAUGAGCACCUUAUCUCUCUCCUGGCCACGUAUGAACAGUUUGACCGGUUCUUUCUCGUCUUCGAUUGGGCUGAGGCAGAUCUGCAGGGGUACUGGAAGAGGAUCAAUCCUGCGCCUUCAUUCGACUUGGACACAGUGCUAUGGAUGGCGAAACAAUGCAAGGGUAUCGCGAGUGGCAUAAUAAAAAUCCAUGCACAUGUGUCCACCUACCAGAAGAAAGACCCAAAUGGACCGCCAAACCAGAAUGUUGUGUUUGGCCAUCACGGCGACAUCAAACCGGAGAACGUUCUAUGGUUUUGCGAGCCGAGCCACACGGAUCGCAAUGUUGGUGGAACUCUUAAAUUGUCCGACUUUGGCCUUGCCGAGUUCAGCAUCCAUCAGACGACUUCGAUGCCACCGAAAAGCAAAUGGGGGGUAUCGCUCGCAUAUCGUGCGCCAGAGUCCGAUCUCAAGCAAGGCACAGCCAUCGGUCGCUCAUAUGACAUUUGGACGCUUGGAUGCCUUUAUCUUGAAUUCAUCACCUGGUUGCUCGGGGGCAGCCAGCUUCUCGAAGAGUUUUCGGAAGCAAGGAAGGCUCGUGAUGCGAUGUGGCACGAAAUCGAGACCCACACGUUCUUCAAGCUGGAGAUCGACGGCAGGACAAGCAAGCCGACAGCAAUCAUCAAACCAGCUGUCAAACAAUUCAUCCGGAGACUGCAUUCCCAUCCGAAUUGUUCUAGGCUCAUUCAUGACUUCCUGGAUAUGGUGGAGGGACACCUCCUGGUUGUGAAGACGAACAAUCGACAUGAUCACGCCCGAUACGACAUACAUCAGGUCCACCAAGAGCUUGCAUCCAUGCUCAAACGCUGCGAAAGCAACGAUUAUGCCAUCAGAUCUGUUCCCUUGUGA